AAUUGACAACACUGCUUUACCCCACAAGUUCAAGUUCAACGUUCAACAUUCAAUGUUGAACGCUGCUCUAAGCCCAAAUCUCUCAGUGAUCGCCACAACAAUAAUGAUGUCAAGCAAUCUACAAGCUAUGGACAUGCACUUCAGGCCAAAUCAUUUGUUGAGCGCACACAGGUGCCUAACGAAGGAAUCGCGGAAGGAAUUAAUAUCUCUGUUUAUAAUGACUCAAGAAACGACAUGCUUCAGUAAGACGUCUCAAUGGAUCUUACGCACUUAUAUCGAAAUACAGACACGAGGCUUUUGUAAUUGGGGUGUUGACCACGGCAUCAUGAUAACGGUCCCAAAGCUCGACUCACCAAACAUCUAUCAAUUUCCACUUGUCCCCCGCUGAAGCCCAUCACACUAUACAGCUCCACUACAUACUCCUCAUGCCAUUUGUCGCAGUAGGAUCAAGCUUGCAGCUCACUGCAGAUGAAGCAAAAGCACUGAAGUCUUUGCCGGUAGCAACACAAAUCAUCGCAAAGAAGGCUUUACAGGGAUCCACCACA